UGGAUGACUGACUGAGAGAGAGAGGGCUGGGUGAACACGUCCCAUCAUGCAGUGCGAGCCAAUUCUUCCUCACCCCCGCAGUGAGCGAGGAGACUCUCAUCCAAGGAUCGCACUAAUGGCGGCCGGCAAAUCCGUGCGCUGACAUCAAAUCCAUAACAGAGCGCCGCCUCUACCAAGACCCACUGAGACAUCUCAGGGAGAGGCGCUAGUUGUCUUGCACAUCUACAACGCUUUCCGUUGGAAAAGAAGUACUGGGUGAAAUUGUCCAGUUACUUCAACUGAGACUUUCCUAUUUAAAAAAAUGGAUGAACACCCCGGCGGAGGAGGAGUAGGAAUGGCCGCCUCGAGACAGCAGCAGCAACAGCAGGGGAAUAACAACGUUAAUCCGCAAAUCGGUGGAGGGGGUGGCGCUUUAAUGGUCCAACAACAAGAUGAGAUGCCUCGGCCUCAGCAAUACACAAUCCCGGGGAUUUUACACUACAUUCAACACGAAUGGGCCCGUUUCGAAAUGGAAAGGGCUCAUUGGGAAGUGGAGAGGGCCGAGCUCCAGGCUCGAAUAGCAUUCCUCCAGGGAGAAAGGAAGGGUCAAGAAAAUCUAAAGAACGACUUGGUCAGAAGAAUAAAGAUGUUAGAGUAUGCAUUAAAACAAGAAAGAGCAAAAUACCAUAAAUUAAAAUAUGGCACUGAACUCAAUCAAGGGGAAGUGAAGAUGCCUAGCUUUGAAUCAGAUACCAAAGACACAGAGGUCCCCGCCGUUCCUCAGAACAGCCAGUUGACGUGGAAACAGGGCAGACAGCUCCUAAGACAGUAUCUCCAGGAGGUAGGCUACACGGACACGAUACUGGACGUGCGGUCGCAGCGGGUCCGCUCCUUACUGGGCCUGCAAGGCUCGGAGCAGAACGGCUCGGUGGAGAGCAAGAACCUGGAGCAGAUCCUCAACGGAGGAGAGUCUCCCGCCAAGAGAAAGGGACAGGACAUGAAAAGGAAUCCUGGCGAUGUUCUAGAAACGUUUAACUUCUUAGAAAACGCUGACGACAGCGACGAAGACGAGGACGAGGAAGGCGACAUGAUGGAGGACAUCUCAGAUCGCGAGAAACACAGAAUAAAGAAGCAUAAAAUAAAGGUGGGGAACGAGGGUCUGGCGUCUGACCUUGCCGAUGAUCCCGACACAGAGGAGGCGCUGAAGGAGUUUGACUUCCUGGUGAACGCUGAGGAUGGGGAGGGCGCAGGAGAGGCCCGCAGCUCAGGAGACGGCACAGACUGGGGUAAGGAGCCAGACUCGACUCAACUCAAGUCUGCUGGAGCUUCCCUAUAGCACGGUGGAGCUAGCUCUGGCCGUCCAGGAACGUUGAUUACUUUAGGAACAUGCUUCUGGAGAAGAGGUGUUUUUAAAAAAAAAU